CCUGACGCGGUGGCUGUCAGCUCCAUUUUGCUGCCGGAGUUCGCAGCAGCUAGCUGCGUUUUCUCCGUGGUCGCGUCGCCAGUAUUGUCUCCUUAGGCUUGGACUCUUUUCCAGGACGAUGAGACACUCAAAGAGAACUUAUUGUCCUGAUUGGGAUGAAAAAGAUUGGGAUUAUGGAAAAUGGAGGAGCAGCAGCGGCAGUCAUAAAAGGAGGAGGAGAUCACAUAGCAGUGCACGGGAGAACAAGCGCUGCAGAUAUAAUUACUCUAAAACAUCUGAUAGCUAUUAUGUGGAAAGCAGAUCCAUAAAUGGGAAGGAUUAUCAUAGUCGACGCUACAUUGAUGAAUACAGAAAUGACUACAAUCAAGGAUGUGAACCUGGACAUCGUCAUAGAGAUCAUGAAAGCAGAUAUCAGAACCAUAGUAGCAAGUCCUCUGGUAGAAGUGGAAGAAGUAGUUAUAAAAGCAAACACAGAAUUCACCACAGCACUUCAUAUCAUCGUUCACAUGGGAAGAGUCACCGAAGGAAAAGAACCAGGAGUGUAGAGGAUGAUGAGGAGGGUCACCUGAUCUGUCAGAGUGGAGACGUACUAAGUGCAAGAUAUGAAAUUGUUGAUACUUUAGGUGAAGGAGCUUUUGGGAAAGUCGUGGAGUGCAUUGAUCAUAAAGCGGGAGGUAGACAUGUAGCAGUAAAAAUAGUUAAAAAUGUGGAUAGAUAUUGUGAAGCUGCUCGCUCAGAAAUACAAGUUCUGGAACACUUAAAUACAACAGACCCCAGCAGAACAUUCCGCUGUGUCCAGAUGUUGGAGUGGUUUGAACAUCAUGGUCAUGUCUGCAUUGUGUUUGAACUACUAGGACUUAGUACUUACGACUUUAUUAAGGAAAAUGGUUUUUUGCCCUUUCGACUGGAUCAUAUCAGGAAGAUGGCAUAUCAGAUAUGCAAAUCUGUGAAUUUUCUGCACAGUAAUAAGUUGACUCACACAGACUUAAAGCCUGAAAACAUCUUAUUUGUACAGUCUGACUACACAGAGGCAUAUAAUCCCAAAAUGAAACGUGAUGAACGUACUUUAAUAAACCCAGAUGUUAAAGUUGUAGACUUUGGAAGUGCAACAUAUGAUGAUGAACAUCACAGUACAUUGGUAUCUACAAGACACUAUAGGGCACCUGAAGUUAUUUUAGCCCUAGGAUGGUCCCAGCCAUGUGAUGUCUGGAGUAUAGGAUGUAUUCUUAUUGAAUAUUACCUUGGGUUUACAGUAUUUCCAACACACGAUAGUAAGGAACAUUUGGCAAUGAUGGAAAGGAUUCUUGGACCUUUGCCAAAACAUAUGAUACAGAAAACCAGGAAACGUAAAUAUUUCCAUCAUGAUCGAUUAGACUGGGAUGAACAUAGCUCUGCUGGCAGAUAUGUUUCAAGGCGCUGUAAACCUCUGAAGGAAUUUAUGCUUUCUCAAGAUGCUGAACAUGAGCUUCUCUUUGACCUCAUUCAGAAAAUGUUGGAGUAUGAUCCAGCUAAAAGGAUUACUCUUAAAGAAGCCUUAAAGCAUCCUUUCUUUUACCCCCUUAAAAAAAGUGUAUAAAUCUAUAACUGUAUAGCUCCCUUAAGAGAUCAUAUGGACUGUAUCAGUCUAAUUUUUAAAUUUAAGUUAUUUUGUACAGCUUUUGUAAAUUUACAUUUUUGUAUUGCCAUGUUUAUUUUGUUUGGGUAACUCGAUUUAAGUAAAUAUUAGCUAAGUAAAGUAAUGAACAUCUUUUUCAGUAAUUACAAAAUGAUUUAUUCAGAAUAAAUUUUUGUACUUAUAAAA